AUGCUCCAAUGGCUCGUCACCUCUGCCCAAGCUAUCUUCACAGUUUGUAACCUAUUUUGCACAUGCUUCGAUGCCACUCUUCUAUACUGCAUUGUAAAGCAGCGUAUGUCGCUGUCUCGAAGUACAGGACCAUUCGUUUAUAUUAUCUUUUUGACUGGUUUCGGUAUUGUCGAGAAAUUGAAUGCUAUCGUUAUGGUGGAUUCAUGGCCACUGGCUGAGUGGCUUGUACCAAACGGGGGAUAUGAGAAAUACCGCCAAUUCCUGGGCUCCUAUGUCACAUUCAUCUUCCUUUUCUGCUAUCUAACCCCUCUAUUCCUAGACUGCAUGAUGACCUUGCACCGAAUCCUCAUCUUCUUGUCCCCUAUGAGAUCCACCAAAUGGUUCACAGACAUCAAAGUCGCUGCCUACUGUAUCCUUGUCUGCUUCCUAGUAUUCAACUGGCUUCUAGUCCAACAAGUGUCCAGUUGCACUUUGAACUUCAACGCCUUGACAAGCUUCCUUGAAUCAGCGUGCGCGCCGGAUAGACACCCUGUUACAUGGUUUCAGAACAAGUACUUGAUAUAUGUUCCAAUUUUGUCUAUGGGUGUGAAUGCCUUAUUGUUAUUUGCACAAAGGAUAUCAAGAAAGUUCUGGAAGAACUCAGUUUUCGCCUUGGCAAUGUCCAAUAGCCAAUUGAAGCGGGAGAAUGCAAUGAUUCGUCAGGCAUUCUUUAUAGGAUUCUAUCUGUCGGUCUAUGAAGUGCUGUACCUGCAUACAAGACUCUAUCCCGAAUCCUUCCGCUCUAUGCCAUUUGCCUUUCAAACUAUCACCUACGACUUGCGUCUCCUAGCAGUCGGAUCCUUGAAUUUCUUCAUCUAUUUCGUGCUGACCCAAUCCACUCGGAGCCUCGUUCUGGCUCAAUUGGGAUGGAAUUCCAAGAAGAUGAGUGCCAAAAGGAAUGCAAGUCUAAGUCAAACGACUGCUAACAAUUUUGCUGUUAAGAAUUGA